CAUUAAUAGUAACAAUUUUCCCUAUUUCGUGAGCUGAAAGAGAAUUAGGGUUUUACAGAUUCCAUUUUCCAAUGUCUCCUCCCUAAAAAAUCGAAUCUUCAUCGGCGAAUCAAUUUUCCGAUCAAUGUCAUCAUCAUCGGCGUUCUUCGUCAUCUGCAUUCUCCACUCCAUAAUCGCAAUCACCUCCGGCGCACUCAUGAUGUUCUACAUGAAAGAAGUUUACACCUUCGGCCACGGCGUUCAAACAGCCACAAAGCUUCUCGGAUCCACUCCUCACGAUCAACUUCUCAUCAAAACCUCCGAUUCCUUCUCCGGUUUACUCCUUGUUGCUAUUGGAUUCCUUCUCUUCAUGGUUUCGUUUGUGAAAGAUCGUGAUUUUCAGCAUUUCUUUGCAAAAGGGUGUUUUUUGUUGCAUGUGUUUAUGGCUCUUUGGAGGAUUUACUUUGAACGGAAAGUUGAAGAUCUUGCUUGGGAUUGGUUGAGGCAAACUGUUGGUGAUGUGCUUUUGGCGCUUUCGUGGGUUUUCUUUCUUGUUUACUCUUGGAGAGAGAAGUAUGAUUAAAUUUAAUUUCCUUUUUGAUUUUGUUUAUUGUUAUCAUUAUGAAUAUUCUGUGUAAAAAUUGACCGAUUAUAUCACAUGUUUUCUUAUCAAAUCGGUAUUUAAAUCGUACAUUAUUAUAAGUUGUGAAAUGUGAAUUACCUUACCUUGAGUUCAAUUAGGGUGGAAAUUACAGAAAUGUGUUUUUUU